AUGCCUAUCCACCCACCAUCUGCCACCUCAACCUUCGAAAAGGACCUCCAAAACCGCCACUUGAUAUAUGACUACGCAGCCCAAGAUGCGUCAGGCAAACCCGAAAAAUGGCGAUACGAAAUGUGGUUCGAAUCCUCAAGCCGAAUCAACUACGCCAUCCAUGGCGGACCAAUGGCGGGACGCAUAAAUUUUCAAACGGCAGAUUACCAAUGCAUCCGCGCAGGGGAGAUAUGGCAAUGUAACUGGCUGGAGGAGACGGGGACCAUUUGUUCGCUUGUGUAUGAUAUUCCGCGGAAGAAGAUCACUACCAUGCUUGGAUUCAGCAAGGGGCAUUGGGAGAAUGCGGAGGAUGCGCAUGGUGAUAAGCGAAAUUUGCGGGAUUUGGAGAGGUGGAGGGGCCUUGCGAAGAUUGGGAUUCAGACUGACAGGUUACUGUUGAAUGAGCAGGCGGAUAUUUUGGAGGAUUUUUGGGGAAAGGGCGAUUUAGUCCCGUGUGAUAUGAGCUUGCCAACUCUUUAG